UCUUCUGCAUCACAGGCCUCCUGCUGGACCUCAUCCUGGUCGGUAUACUUAAAGCGGUGGUGCGUCGACGUCGCCCAUCUCAUAACCAAAUGGACAUGUUUGCCACUUUCUCUGAGGACCGUUACUCCUUACCUUCGGGUCACGCCACCCGAGCCGCUAUGUGUGGGCGGUUCCUGCUGGCUCACCUGGUGCUGGCUACGCCGCUGAGGGUCCUGGUCUUUCUCUGGGUGGGCCUGGUGGGGCUCAGCCGCGUGCUGCUGGGAAGACACCAUGUUACUGAUGUGCUGUUUGGGUUUUGGAUGGGUUACUGCCAGUACAAGCUGGUGGAGAUACUGUGGCUCUCUCCUCCAGCUCUGCAGGGGCUGCUGGGGCAUUUAGCUGCAUUUUAGAGACUGUAUGAAGAAAAGAGGGAAUGAAAAAGGUUUUUAUUUAAAGGGCCUCUGCACAUUUUUUCAUUUUAAUUUUAUACUUUAACAUUUUCUUGUUUUAUGGAGGAGAAUUCAUGAAAGUUCUGCUUGUGAUCUUUCCUUUCUUCUGAGUUUUUAGUUUCUUAAAUGUCAUUUUAAUUUAAAUGUCAAAUGUUAUUUUAAUGGUAACCAGGCGGGACCUGGACUGAA